CUAAAUUAGACUUAUUCUUCUCUGUUUUGGAAAACAAACCAAUUCUCCCUUUUCUCUCCACUAUUUAUUUAACCCACCUUUCUUCCCCACUCUCUCUCCUAAUUUCCUAAUACCAAACUGUUAAUUCCUACAUCCCCGCCAUUUCUUUCUCUCUCCUCCCCUCUCUUUCCAUUUCCCAAACAUGGGACAUGAUAUUCAAACCUCUAAUUCGACAGAAAGUAUGACUCGCACCACCCAUUUCAAGGUCCCGGCGACGGGAAAAUCCGGCGAAAAUUCACCGGAGAUUGGGAAAGGGGGAGUUCUUUACCCUCUGGAAUACCUUCCGAAGCCCGAGGUGCCGCCGGGGAUGAACGGAGACGUGUUAAAGAAGGCUUCUAUGGAGAAUAGUUUUUCCGUUGAUGUACCGGCGAUCGGGAAAUAUCUUAUUGAGACGAAGAAGAGCCUUUCGGCUGCGAUUUCGAGGCGGUUGUCGUUAGAUGACGACGUUAAGGAAGGUAGGGGUGUGACAGAGUUCUAUGUGUCCGGUAUUCAAGUUGUUGUGCGAGCGAAAGAGGGAGAUAAUAACAGCUUUGUUACUGAGUUGGCUAAGCUCAAAGGCCGAGUUACCUUGUUCUCUAGAUCGAAUUGCAGGGAUUGCGGCGCAGCAAGAAAAAUAUUGAGAGGAAAAGGGUUAAACUACGUGGAAAUAAAUAUCGACGUGUAUCCGGCCAGGGAAAAAGAGUUAGUAGACUGGACCGGCGGUUCAGUUGUUCCACAAAUAUUCUUCAACGAGAAGCUGAUAGGCGGUUUAGUGGUGUUAAAUUCGUUAAGGAAUAGCGGUUUAUUGGACCGGACAGCAAAAGAGCUGUUGGAGAGUAAGUGCCCUGAUGAUGCCCCUGGAGCCCCGGUUUAUGGUUUUGAUGAACCGGAAGAGGAACGGACGGAUGAGAUGGGUGAGAUUGUUAAGCUUCUACGGCUGAGAUUACCCAUUCAGGACCGGUUGAUCCGGAUGAGGAUUGUGAAGAAUUGUUUUACUGGUACUCAGUUGGUGGAUGUCAUCGUACACCACUUAGGCACCUCCCGUAUUGAGGCAAUUGGAAUAGCUAAAGAGAUUGUGAGGAAGCACUUCAUCCACCAUGUAUCCAGAGGAAGUUAUUUCGAGGAUGGAAUUGAAGUGUAUAGGUUCCUUGAGCAUGAACAAUUUAUCCCAAAAUGCUUCAAUUUCCGAGGAUGCAUAGAUGACAAAGAGCCUGAAUCUGCAUUUAGGGUUGGCCAAAGACUGAUGAAGAUUAUGUCUGCCAUACUCGAGUCUUAUGCAUCUGAAGACGGGCAUCAUCUUGAUUAUUUGGCUAUCAGCAACAGUGAAGAAUUCCGCAGAUAUGUGAAUAUGAUCCAAAGUCUUCAGAGAGUGGAUGUUUUUGCUCUGUCAACUGAUGAAAAACUGGCCUUCUUCCUAAAUCUUUAUAACUCUAUGGUUAUACAUGCUGUGAUAAUGAGAGGAUAUCCAGAAGGGAUGCUUGAGAGGAAAUCCUUUGUUACAGAAUUCCAGUACCUAGUUGGAGGAUGUUCAUAUUCUCUUAGUGCAAUUAGAAAUGGUGUACUUAGAGGCAAUCAAAGGCCUCCAUAUGCUUUGGUCAAACCUUUCAGUGCUGGGGAUAACCGCCUUCAGAUAGCUUUACCGAUGGUGAAUCCGUUGAUUCAUUUUGGACUUUGUGAUGGUAGUAAGUCAAGCCCACCAGUUCGAUUCUUUUCACCUCGAAACGUGAAUGCUGAGCUGAGAGCUGCCGCGAGAGAGUUCUUCAGACGGAAUGCAUUAGAAGUGGAUUUAUCUAAAAGAACCGUCUCUCUCAGUUGUAUCAUGAAAUGGUACAGUGUAGAUUUUGGAAACGGAAAAGAAAUGUUAAAGUGGAUUCUGAGUUAUUUGGAUCCAGAGAAAGCAGGUCUCCUGAGUCAUCUUUUAGAUGAUGGAGGAGUGAUCAACAUCAUAUACACAAAUUAUGAUUGGUCCAUGAAUUCAUAAGUCAAUAGAAUAGAGGUGUUAAAACUAAAUCCGGAUAGAGGUAGUACUGAAAUAUGGAUUGUGAGAGUAGAUUUAGACUAGAAGAAAGUAAGCAUUUCCAUUCAUAUUCAGGAUCUAUCUCCACUGCGAAUAGCACAAAAACUACAGAAGAAGAAAACUAAAAACAUAUGAUUUGUGUGAUAGUUCAGUAAUAUUAUGACAAUACUCGUACCAUUCUAGAUACAGUUCUUUGUACUCCUGGUAAUUGAACAACUUUUUCUUCUUUGAAAGUGAAGAGAGGUUGUAACUUGUAAGCCUGUUAAUUUGUACACAAAUAAAGUUUAUUGUACUUGUUAAGGUUUUCUCUCA